AUGCCUAGAGAUCCCUUAAUUGGAAUUGUCGGAAAACCUUCUUCCGGUAAAUCCACGACCUUAAACUCCCUCACGGACGCUGCGGCCCAGGUUGGUUCUUUCCCGUUCACGACAAUCGAGCCGAAUAGGGCUACUGGAUAUCUGCAAGUGAAGUGUGCAUGUGCCAGAUUUGACAAACAGAAGCUUUGCAAGCCUAAUUACGGGUGGUGUAGUAAUGGCAAGAGACACAUACCAAUUAUGCUUCUCGAUGUGGCCGGGUUGGUGCCUGGUGCGCAUUCUGGCCGUGGACUGGGUAACAAGUUCUUAGACGAUCUCAGACACGCAGAUGCGCUUAUUCACGUUGUGGAUGUGAGCGGGACUACCGACUCGGAGGGGAAGAACACAAGAGGUUACGAUCCUCUUUACGACAUCGAAUGGCUUCAAGACGAAAUUCGGCUCUGGAUAGAGGGGAACCUGUUGAAAAGGUGGGGGUCUAUCGUGCGUAGACACACCGCGACCAAGUCCUCCGUAGUCGACACUUUGCAGGCGCAGUUUGGUGGUUACGGUUCGCACGCUCCGAUGAUCCAGCGUGCGCUGCAACGUAUCAAGGGACUUCCACCGCUCGAAGAGUGGGACCAGGAUUGGAUCACACAAGUGGUCAAAUCGUUCAUGAUGGAGAAAUUCCCCACGGUGCUCGCGCUCAAUAAAAUUGACCACCCCGACGCGGACAAAAACGUCACGAAAAUCAUGCUCAAGCAUCCGAACACGAAGGCCGUGCUCACCAGCGCCGUGACGGAAGUUUUCUUGAGAAAGUUGAAAAAACAGCGGUUCGUUCACUACGAAGAGGGCACCGAGUUCGUCGAUACCAACGAGGAUGAUCCGGACAACCUCAAGCCGCUUGACGACAAACUGCUGCAACGCAUAGACAGUAUCCGGGACCUCGUUCUGUACAGAUUCGGCUCCACAGGCGUCGUGCAGGUGCUCCAGGCGGCCGCCGACGUACUGGACCUCAUCCCCGUAUACAUGGUGAGAAAUGUGCACACUUUCACGGGCGGAAGCGGCGAAAACGUCUUCCGUGACUGUUUCCUCGUCAAAAAAGGAACGCCCGUUUCCAAGGUCGCCCGCUACAUCAUGGGCGAAGUCACCAUUGCAGCCAUCGAGACUGUGAACGGCGUACGAGUCGGAGAUGACAGCGUAGUGGAGCCGGGGAAAAACGACAUUCUGACUUUUAAGCUUGCACCUAAAAGCGUGAACUAA